CAAUGCCAAAACAAUUGAUCCCAUUGUUUAGUACAAAAUUGUCGCGAUAACACAUACUUUAAAUGUUCGUCCGAAUCUAAUGCCAAAUUUACUUUCCAUUUAAUUGAAACUUAAAUUAGUUCAUUGUUUAUGCAGGAAAAAUUCAACGUUCGUUUCAGAUCAUAACAUUUCUGCUACGUUUUUCGUUAAACCCCAUUGAAUAGAAGAUCACAAGGUGUGAGAGGAUCAUACCCUGAAGGAUCGAAAUUGCGCAAUAUAAUAACUUCCCCCAAUUGCCAUAAAAAUCGUGUGCAAGUUCAUAAGUAAAGGAUAUUUCAUUAAAUUGUGUUAAUGGGUUUCUCUCAACGUGAAACGAUAAGUUUGCACGUCGGCCAGGCUGGAGUCCAAAUCGGUAACUCCACGUGGGAGCUUUAUUGCCUUGAACAUGGCAUUAACACUGAUGGAACCUUGAAGGAGAGCCCUGGGGAUGUCGACGAUUGCUACAGUGCCUUCUUUGCUGAGACACACAACGGCAGAAUUGUUCCAAGAUCGAUUUUCAUCGAUAUGGAACCAACAGUUAUUGAUGAGGUUCGCACUGGCAAAUACAAGGAACUCUUCCACCCAGAUCAGUUGAUCACUGGCAAAGAGGAUGCCGCGAAUAACUUCGCUCGCGGCUACAAUACAAUUGGGCGAGAUAUGAUUGAACCCGUGGCAGAUCGUAUCCGCAAAAUGGCUGAGCAAUCGAAUAGUCUACAAGGAUUCUUCCUCUUUCAUUCGUUUGGUGGCGGUACAGGUUCAGGUUUCUCGGCUUUGCUCAUGGACAAAUUGAAUGAGAACUUCUCAAAAAAGUGCAAGCUGGAGUUUGUAGUUUAUCCGGCCCCAGCUAUCUCAACGGCAGUCGUAGAACCUUACAAUUCCGUCCUGACGACGCACUGCACAUUAGAUACAACGGACUGUGCAUUUAUGGUGGACAAUCAAGCGAUUUAUGAUAUCUGCAAAAAUAAGCUCAAUGUCGACCGUCCCAGCUAUCCACAUCUGAAUCGGCUAAUCAGCCAAGUUGUAUCCAGCAUCACGGCAUCUCUACGUUUCAACGGAGCUCUGAAUGUAGACAUGAUGGAGUUCCAAACGAACCUUGUUCCCUAUCCUCGUAUCCACUUUCCGCUCGCUUCCUAUGCUCCCGUCAUCCCCGUAGAGAAGGCAUUCCACGAAGCAAUGAGUGUAGCGGACUUAACCUCGCAACUUUUCGAACCAGAUAACCAGAUGGUAAAGUGUAACCCGAGCGCGGGCAAGUACAUGGCUUGCUGUGUCCUCUACAGGGGAGAUGUCGUCCCGAAGGAUGUGAAUAGUGCCAUUGCUGCGGUGAAGGCCAAGAACUCUGUCCGAUUUGUGGACUGGUGUCCGACUGGAUUCAAGGUGGGCAUAAACUUCAAGCAACCUUGCGUUGUGCCGGAUAGCGACCUGGCGCCCGUUCAUCGAGGUGUCUCAAUGUUGGCCUCCACAACUGCCAUUGCGGAGGCCUGGUGCCGUUUAGAUCAUAAGUUCGACUUAAUGUAUGCAAAACGAGCUUUUGUCCAUUGGUAUGUGGGCGAGGGGAUGGAAGCUGAUGAGUUUGGAGAGGCGCGGGAGAACUUAGCCGCUCUGGAAAAGGAUUAUAAAGAAGUAGACGAUGAUGGGAAUUUCACAUCUGAUAUAGAUUCAGAACCAGAUUUGGGUUAGUUUAAGGUUCCUUUUGAUAAAAGUUUAGCAGGCAUAGAGAAAGUGGAGGCUGGUAUUGGACAAAAGCUCGAUGCCUGGUGCUCUGAAUCAACGAACCUUUAACUUUUUUGUAAAUUGUAUCUCGAUAUGUUUGCCUCUUUUGUUCAACAUGAAAAAAUAGAUUUUUAUUACAAAUGA